AAUCUGUCCAGCACACUCGGGAUGACAGGACAGCACUAAGCCACUGUUAACUGAGGACAUAUUAAACCAGUCUGCUAACCAGCUGCUAUAGUUAGUAAGUGGCUAACUUUAAAAAAAAUAACGAAAUGACAAUGUGGCGUCAGUUUAUUUAAGGUAGGGUCAACAGAAAAAUAGUUUUGGGUUUGUGUUGGCACGGACAGUUAAGGCUAACUUUACGUUAGCAACUUACCAUUAGCUUGCUAAUGUUAAAUCGAAGAAAGUUAAGCUAUCUAACGAGCUAACGUGCACUCUGUUUGAUGUGUCCCGAUAGUUGUAGCGUAACGUCGGUGUUGGUUAAUAUUUACAGACGGAGUAGUUGUCGGAAAAUUUAACUCACUUCGAGAAAUCAUGGCGUCGAUGCAGUUUGAUUCGACAACAUAUGCAGAGGAGCAGAUUUGACUCAGGGCUGUCAACAAGCUCGCUGACAUUAGCUAACCUGGCUAGCCAGCUAGCUCUCUCGCUACCAUGGCCAAAAUAGAGAACGGCCGUCAAUCGGUGGACACCAGGAGUAUCAGGACCAUCAGCAGCAGCCACAUCGACGAUGAAAGCUCUCUGGGAUCCGACUCAGAGAUCAACGGCUUCACCAGCGACAGACAAACCGAUAAAUAUGGAUUUAUUGGCGGGGCACAGCAGUACUCGGAGGCGUCAGCUCAGGACGUGCCUCCAGAGGUGCUCAGGCAAAGAGAGGUGAAGUGGCUGGACAUGCUCAGCCACUGGGACAAGUGGAUGAUCAAGAGAUUUAAUAAGGUGAGGCUGCGAUGCCAGAAAGGAAUUCCUCCUGCCCUCCGAGGCCGUGCGUGGCUCUACCUGUCAGGGGGGAAGGUGAAGAAAGAGCAGAACCAAGGAAAGUUUCAGGAGCUGGAUAAGCAGCCAGGGGACCCCAAAUGGAUUGAUGUGAUCGAGAAAGACCUCCAUCGACAGUUUCCAUUUCAUGAGAUGUUUGUGUCACGGGGAGGACACGGGCAGCAGGACCUGUUCCGUGUUCUUAAGGCCUACACUCUCUACAGACCAGAGGAGGGAUACUGCCAGGCCCAGGCUCCCAUUGCUGCUGUGCUGCUUAUGCACAUGCCUGCUGAGGAUGCUUUCUGGGGGCUGGUCCAAAUCUGUGAGAAGUAUCUUCCUGGCUACUACAGUCCUGGCCUGGAAGCCAUACAGUUAGAUGGAGAGAUCCUGUUUGCUCUGCUGCGACGCGUCUCCCCGCUAGCCUUCAGGCAUCUGGAGAAACACAAGAUUGACCCCAUCCUCUACAUGACUGAGUGGUUUAUGUGUGCCUUCUCCAGGACCCUGCCCUGGGCGUCCGUGCUGCGUGUCUGGGACAUGUUCCUCUGUGAUGGAGUGAAGAUUAUCUUUCGUGUGGGUUUGGUGCUUCUCAAGUGCAUGCUGGGGACCCGUGAGAAGCUGAAGGCCUGCCAGGGCCAGUAUGAGACCAUGGAGCUGCUCAGGGCCAUAGAGCCUCGAUACAUGCAGGAGGGCUUCCUCGUCCGAGAGAUCCUUGAGGUGCCGGUGACGGCACGAGACGUGGAAAGAGUGCAUCACAGCCAGCUCAAGCGCUGGAAGAAGAACCGCGGAGAGCUGAAUUUCAAACCGCCUCCGAGGAUGCACGGUGCUCAGCUCAUCAUGCUCGCUGAGCCACCCAGGCGCCAGGACCUGCAGCAGAACCCCACUAUUGUACUUGAGGCAUCUCAGCCAGCCUCGCAGCUGAAGGGCAAGGGCAAGGAGGAAAAGCAGAGCAAGAAGAAGAAGAAGAACAGCGUGAAGAAAUCGCAGCCGGCCGUGGAAAUCCCUAAUCCUUACCCUCUUCCUAAUGACCCGCCACCCUCAGAUCCACCUGCUCCACCUCCAGACAGCAGCAGCUCAAUGCAGGAGCCUGUGCCACAAACUGAAACAGACUCACCUCACCAGCAGAAAGAGCCUCCUACAGACCUUCCCCCUGCCAAAGAAUCUACUCUUCAGCGAUCCACACAAAGCCUUAGCAGCACAGAGCAGGACACAUACCUGUAGCUCUAUAGCAGUCAGUAUGUAUGUGUGUGUGCGUUUGUGGGUGUGUGAACAAAGCACCAGCACCUCCAGUCAACAACUAGCCAGCCUUGCCAAAGUCUCCGACUGGCCAGCAUCACUAUUGUUGUUGUAUUGGACUAUUUUGUAUUCAUUUAGACACCAUUUUGCCUAUGAUAUUGUUAGCAUACACUAAAGCAUCAUUGCUAAGUGUAAAACUGCUUUGUUGCUUUUGCCAUUUGUCAACACAAAGCAGAUGUUGCCUCCUCUAAAUGUUUGAUGCUCUUACUCAAACCAUAAGUCUUAGUAUUCUGUUCACCAGGGAGACAAGUUGCUGAGUUAUUGGGAGCAAGCUUUUUUCUUCAGAAGGUUUAUUUGGGACUUAAAGAAUAUUGAGGUGCCACAGCUUAUGCGGUUUUAUAUAUGUUUUCAUUCAAACCCAACACUAUUGACUUCAUUAGUAAUACAGUGCAGGAAAGGAUGUCAACUCCUGUUAGAAACUCUAUGCAGCUCAACAUGUGGAGCCAUUAUAGUUCAGUAUGGGUUUUGUUCACUAGAGGGCAACCUCUCACAGGUUCUAGCUGUGACUCCUAUAGCAUUCCUGUUAGUAAGUCUGACCGUAGCAAGCGGACUAAGUUUGGGAGGCAUUAUUCUGAGAUUUAUCUUAUUUUUUUUCUAUUCAGGAAACAGCUGCAUCAUAUUUUAUAAUCCUAAUUUUGAAUCAUCUUGAAGUUAUGCAAUUAUGCCGCCCUGCAUUGUGUUCAAGUCUUUUUCUACAAGCACUAUUUAUUUAGAGAUCAACUUGAACCUGGAUUUGUUGAUUGUGCAUGCCCCGCUAGUGCACAAGCAGUCACUAUUUUCAGAGUCAGUCCAAUUGAUCUGGUUCAACUCUGCAUAAACCACGUUUCUCACUGUGCCAGGCACUUCCAGCCUCUUUAGAGCAGCAGUAAUUCAUGUUACUUGGGCGGCAGAGAGGAGCACACUGGACAUUCCUCACUGUAUGACACAUUCCUGCCUUCCUAAAAGCUAAUUACUUUAAAAGCUGUCUCUUGCCAAAUACAAAUCUACAUAAUGUUCAUAUUUGUGAAUGGGUUUCCUGUCAACUCUUGGACAAUGAGUGAUUGCUAAUCACCUAAUGGUGCUGACCUUCCUCUUGGCACUGCUUGAAGUCCAUUUGGAGCCAGUGAGACGCUGGGUCUGUUUUCUUUUAUAUGUGUAGAUAUUUUGCUAGAACUUCCAAAGCAAAUCAAGACUGUCGCUCUGAGACGAUCUACGACCGCUACCUGUGACGAGACUUAUUCCGUGUGUACGGUCAAGACAGAUCGCGGGAUUUCAAGAUUUACUGGGAUAUUUGUAGCAUUUUUCCUCUGAGAGCCUGCCUCAUUUCUUUGGGAAAUAUGGGGAGUUACAGGGGUUGAGGCUUUUUUGUAAAACCAGACAAUCUUUUUUUUGUGACAGUCCAGUUUUUUAUUAACUUUCACCACAAUGGUAAAGGGAGUUUUGACAGCGUAUGCGCACACGUAUGAAAUGUGCUCGUGUGUAUAAUUAACAUAAACAAAUCUCUGCUAAAAAUGCAUGUGUAGGUCCGUUAUAUACAGACAUGGGGUUUAAAGGAUGACAUUUCACAAGCACUCACCUGUAUGCAGUUGUUUUUGGUUUUUUUAGUUGCUUGUAUUACACACCUCACAUUUCGCUUCUGUUAUAUUUUAAUUUAAUGCUCUUUGUGUAGAUAUGACAUGUAAAAAUAACAAUUUGUUUUGUAAUGAAAUUUAUUUUUCAAUGUAUAAUGCUAUAUUUUAUUGAGCAGUUACAGAAGCUGCAGGCAUCUCUAAAUCACUUCCAGUUUCAGACAGCAUAUUUUAGGUCAGCAUUUGUAACACUAGAAGAAAAAAAAAAGUUUGCUAAUUUGGAAUUUGGGGGUAACUUAUGCCACUAAAAAUGUGUGUUCUUGCUCUAAAGACAGAUUGGUAUUGUUUUACCUUUUACACUAGAGUUACAAAAGAGAUGUUUUGACAACCAGGGGGCUUCAGUUUUAAUGUUACAAAUAAAAUUUUGUUUUAAGCCAACUUACAACAUUUCUGUGUUUGAUUGCCAUCUGAUUGUCGUAAUCAUGUGGUUGUUUCGACCUGUUUGGAUGCAAUGUAGCUUGUUCCCCAGCAGAUAGAGCACCAGAGUCAUCCCUUUGAAAUGAAACGGUGUUGUAACAAAUGUCCUUGUGGGCCCCAAGAUGUCUUCAUUACUGUAUAAUUUUAAGAAUAUUUCAGCACAUGUACCCUGAACCAACUGUUACAUUAACUGCCUUUUCUUUGUUAAAUUUUUCAACAUACCACAAUUAAGAGUGAUGUGACAGCUCUAUACUUAUGAAUAAAAUUUUCCAAGACAUUUAACCCAUUAACAUUUUUGUUUUUGUUUUGUUUUUUAGGUCCAAUAUUUAUGGGUAAAUCUACCCACCAACAUAAGUCAAGGCUGCUGAAUUAGUUUUUCUGGGUGAUUGAUACCUUAUAUCAAUUAAAUAUUUUCCAUAAAUUUAAUUUGUUGUUAAGUUUCUUGAAAUAAAUUCUUACAACAA